AUGGCGUCCAAGAGUUUCAGAUCCUUGCUGAGCUUGGCCCGCCCAAGGAAACUAGGUCGUAUUUCCCACCGCAACAUUCGUUUCGUGGCAUCGACAUCAAGUCCGGCGAAUGUUAGGCCAAAUUUCCCUUGCGUUGAUGCACAUGCUGCUCGUGAAUCAUUAUUGGUUUCGUUGAGCAAACGACCACCUGCCGACGAGGAUGAAGACGAGACUGGUCCCGAACCACCGUAUGCGCGACCUUCACCUAAAUCCUACCUCAAAUUUCACAGCGCGGCGCCGCUCCAGCUUACUUACGGCUCCUCCUUGCCCUCCUUCGACGUAGCUUACGAGACAUGGGGCAAGCUCUCUGAACGACGGGACAAUGUUAUUCUCCUACAUACAGGGCUCUCUGCGUCCUCACAUGCUGCUUCGACGGAAAUCAAUUCAGCAGAGGGGUGGUGGGAGAAGUUCAUUGGACCUGGAAAGGCCUUGGACACCAACCAAUUCUUCAUCAUCUGUACCAACGUCUUGGGGGGAUGUUAUGGCAGUACUGGCCCGUCGUCGAUAGACCCAACCACUGGGACGGAGUAUGCGACGCGCUUUCCUGUAAUAUCGAUAUUUGACAUGGUACAGGCUCAAUUUCGUUUGCUUGACCAUCUCGGCGUGGAUAAGCUGUACGCAAGUGUUGGGAGUUCGAUGGGAGCAAUGCAGAGUCUCGCGGCGGGAUGGUUACAUCCGAAGAGAGUGGGCAAGAUAGUAAGCAUCAGCGGUACCGCCAGAAGUACCCCAUCAAGCAUUGCGAUGCGCUUCGCGCAGCGAAGUGUCCUCAUGGCGGACCCGAAUUGGAACAACGGGUUCUAUUACGAUGGGCUUCCUCCUCACACCGGAAUGAAGUUGGCUAGGCAGAUCGCAACCAUUACAUAUCGUUCAGGUCCUGAGUGGGAUCUCCGCUUCGGUCGCAAAUUUCGGGCAUCUCCAUCGACUGACCAGGAGCCAGACCAACCGCGAGUGCCAGCACUUUGUCCCGAUUUUCUCAUCGAAACAUACCUUGAUCAUCAGGGAGAACAGUUCUGCCUUAAAUACGAUGCCAACUCCCUCAUAUACAUCUCCAAGGCAAUGGAUUUAUUCGAUAUGACUUCACCAGCCCUGGAGUCAUUAAGCCUCUCUUGGCCUAAAGCCGUUGCUUCGGCGCAUCUUGGACAUUCCAAGUCUCAUCCACCGCCACCGAAUCCCGCACCACAUCUUCCCGACCUGGCCGCCGGCCUACAACCCCUUGCGCACAUACCCACUCUUAUUCUAGGCGUUCAAAGCGAUAUACUCUUCACGGUCGAUCAGCAAAGAGAAGUCGCGGAUGCCCUAAGGAUGGCCGGAAACCAUUCAGUCAGUUAUUACGAAUUGGGUGGGGUCUGGGGGCACGAUACGUUCCUACUCGAUGUGCUCAACGUGGGUGGAGCAAUAAGAGGUUUCUUGUCGUGA